AUGCACAGCCAUACAGGCAAGAUAAAGCAUACACCAUCCAAGAACGGAACUGGAAGCACUACGGUGGGCAAGGCGGAUGUUCUGGCCAAGCAACGUGUUCGUCUGAGGAAGCUCCGCUCAGAGGUCAAGGGACUCUUUGGUGAACUCAAUGCUGUACUCGGCUUGCCUGCCAAGACCAAGACCAAGGAGACUCUACAGUCGGCCAUUGAUACCAUUCAUCCCUAUGACCUCAUUGAUCUUGUCAUCGAUGACAAUCAUCCCGAUCUCGGCCACAUUGAUCUCUCGCUCCCGCCUACCACGAGCUACCCUUCAACCGCGACCAAUGCUGCCAGUGGCUCAACAGCUGGCAGUGGCUUUGGCGCAGAUGGCAUGCUCAAUGCUGAUGCCUUUCUCCCGGGCCCGCUGCCGUUUCCGUCGGGCGCUCCAGGCUCGUCGCAGGACGGCAGGAGCUACUCGCAGACGCCCGAAGAGGGUCCCCAGCACACCGGCUUUGCCAUCAGCGCCAUUGAGCCGCUGCCGCCGUUUGGCACCACCGGCGACAUGGUGCUGGGCUCGCCACUGGCGGGUUUGGGCCACAUCUCGCCCGGCGACAUCCUCGGCGCGGGCGGGCUUGCUCCAGCCCCUGCUGAGAACGAGCUGAUGGAUUGCGUUGCCACCGACGACGAUGACCUCUCGGUCGGCCUCCCUUUGAUGGCGGCACCGGCACAUGCGUUUGCCGGCCCGCCUGCACCUCCGUCGGCCACACCUGCCUCUGCAAUGGCGAUGCCGCCGCCAGCGCCGCUUGCACCUCCUCAGCCCAAGCUGCAUCCCGACCUGCACGCGACGCGGAUGGCCCCGUCUGCGCAAGGCAUGCCGACCGCCGGGAGGUCCAGAGGCGGUGGCAUGGCGGGAUCGUCCGCGCCGCACGCGCGCCGCAAGUCGCAGUUCAGUCGGCCGCGCGAGCGCGGACGCGGGCGCGGGAACAGUGGCCCUCCACGAGCUGCCGCGGCGGCAGCCCCGGGCCGCGACCGUGCAGUCGGCGCCGCUGCAGAGCGUAAGGUCCUCCGGGUUGGCACCGGGAAGAAGGCCAAGAAGCAGUCGAGCCGCACCGAGGUGCUGCCGGCUUCGGCGCGCGCGGCACCGAAGAAUGGCCCACCGAGGACACUCCGCCGGGCGCGUUCCACGGCUACAGCCAAGAAAAAGGGCGCCAUCACAUCGACUGUGACCGUCGCAACUUCGUGCGCACCCGUUGCCUCUGCCUUCGAUGAUGAUGAUGAGGGUGAUGAUGAUGAUGAUGAGAAGAGGAAGAUUGUGACUUCUCUGGACGCCGUCGCCGACUCGCUUGCCCGCGUCACCAUCGCCGACUCGGACAGCGACAACUCUGACUGCGACGACGCCGACUUGGACAUGCACUCGUCCGACUCUGACUCUGACGAAGCAAUUGCCUUUAUCGUCCGCCGGAUGGCCGCCGAGUGA